AAAUGACGUAUUGUAAACCAGCCGAAAAAACGGCAUUCUGAGACGCUCUGUGAAUUUGGACACAGGGGCUAACGCUCAGCAGCCAAGAUGAACGCGCCUCCCGCCUUCGAGUCGUUCUUGUUGUUCGAAGGCGAGAAGAAGAUCACCAUCACCAAGGACACAAAAGUGCCCAACUCGUGCCUGUUCACCCUCAACAAGGAAGACCACACAUUGGGCAACAUCAUACAAGCGCAGCUGCUGAAAGAUCCUCAGGUUCUCUUCGCCGGAUACAAAGUUCCCCAUCCUCUCGAGCACAAGAUCGUCAUCAGGGUACAGAGCACGCCUGACUACAGUCCUCAGGAAGCUUUCACCAACGCCAUCACCGACCUGAUCAGUGAGCUCUCACUAUUGGAGGAACGCUUCCGGGUGGCCAUCAAAGACAAACAGGAAGGCAUCGAGUGACCACACACACACACCAUUCACCGUGAUGUCACUUCCCUCUGCACUUUUGUGCUUGCCGGAGAGCUGACGAGGUAUCUGUUGCUGGGAGAGGAUUACACGAGUGAAAGCCUUGGGGGAGGUCAGCUGUUGAACAGGUGUGCCAAAGUAGUUACCCCCAUGAAAAUCUGUAUAUCCCCAGCUGUGGGAGCGCACACGCCUUGAGUGGAAAGCAGAAACCGAUGCCGUACGGCGACAGCACCUGCUUGUUUCAAUAAAAACAUGAAGAAC